AUGAAGGAGAAUACACCUCAGAAGAAUUCAAUCGCUAUCUUAGCCGUUACCCCUUCCCCCCCUUGUGCCUCUCAACUGCCGGUCGCCACCCCAUUCUACCUAGCUUCUCCGACCGACCCAGGUCACCGAAGGACCGAGAUGACCGGCGACGACCAGCGCUGCAACGUAAGUCUCCAAGGCCGGAGCAACUGUGAGCAAUCACCGCCAUCAUCCCUUCGCCACCUCAGUCGCGUUUUCUCUCAACUGCCGCCUGUUUCCAUUGAAGGUGAUGUUGCCGGAGAUUCGUGUGUUCUCCAUCAAUGCAUGUGUUGA